AUAGUCAAAGUCAAAACAGAAAAAUGUCUUCUGAUAAUAAUAUAAUAUAGAAGAAUAAUAAAUAAUAUAGACGCUCUAAAUUCGAAGGUCUACAGUCUACGGAUCUUAGUUAUGUAAUUAUAAAAUUGUUCAAAUUAUAAAUGGAGUGCAAAAGUUUUAAAGAUUAUGAAAACCAACCAGCAUUAAUAUGCAGCAAAGAUGACAAGGAUUCCCUUAAAGAACAUGUUAAAGUAGAAAUACAGGAAUGUACUUUUGAAAGCACACAUACAAAAGAACCUGUAUUGACGGAGUCUUGCUCAGAGAAUGUUACAUUAAAAAGCUGUUUGGUAAAAGAUGAACCUAGUGAAUCAUACUAUAUUGAUGAAUUGCAUGAUGUUAAGGUUGAAAUAAAGGAAGAACCAGAGGAAUGGCAGCUAAUAGUAAAUCACAGCGAAAAUCACUUUGAAAUUUCGAAUAGCAACAACUUAGACUCAAAUAGUUCAAACGAAAUUAGCAGAAACAGUCUUUCUCAGACAGAGGAUGAAAUUCAGGAAACAUUACCUGAAGAUUUUUCUAAUAAUGAAAAACAAAUCCAUCAGGAUUCUACAGAAAAACCACUGAAAUGUCUUUCACGGAAAGAGGAUGAAAUUCAGAAUACAUUACCUAAAGAUUUUUCUAAUAAUGACAAACAUAUCCUUCAGGACUCUUCAGAAAAACUAAUCAAAAGUCUUUCACGGAUAGGGGAUGAAAUUCAGAACACAUUACCUGACGAUUUUUCUAAUAAUGAAAAACAUAUCCAUCAGGACUCUUCAGAACAACUAGGCAAAUGUCUUUCACAGAGAGAGGAUGAAAUACAGAACACAUUACUAGAAGAUUAUUCUAAUAAUGACAAACAUAUCCAUCAGGACUCUUCAGAAAAACUAGCCAAAUGUGAGAUUUGCUCCAAUUCUUUUUCUCAAACAAGUGAUUUAAAAAAUCAUUUAAUAAUGCACAAUUGUGACCAAACUUUUAAAUGUGAAAUUUGUUGUAAGCCAUUUGCACGUGCAACUGCUUUAAAAACACAUUUUAGAACACACACUGGUGAAAAACCUUUUAAAUGUGAAAUUUGUCUUAAGCAAUUUAGUCAGAAAGGUCAUUUGAAAGCCCAUUUGCAAAUGCAUACUGGUGAAAAGCCCUUUGAAUGUGAAAUUUGUUUGAGGCAAUUUGCACAAGGACAUCUUUUAAAAAGUCAUUUGAGAAUACAUGGUAUUGGAAAACCUUUUGAAUGCGAAGUUUGUUUUAAAAAAUUUACUCAUAAAUGCAAUUUGAAAGGUCAUUUGAAAAUACAUACUGGUGAAAAACCUUUUCAAUGUAAAAUUUGUUUUAAGCAAUUUACUCAUAACUGUAAUUUGAAAAGUCAUUUGAAAAUGCAUACUGGUGAAACGCCCUUUGAAUGUGAAAUUUGUUUUAUGCGAUUUGCUCAUGGACAUAUUUUAAAAAGUCAUUUGAGGGUACAUAAUAUUGGAAAACCUUUUGAAUGCGAAAUUUGUUUUAAGCACUUCCCUCAAGCAAGUCAUUUGAAAAAACAUUUUAAGACACACACUGGUGAAAAACCUUUUAAAUGUGAAAUUUGUUUUAAGCAUUUUGCUCAAAAAUGUCAUUUGAAAACCCAUUUAAAAAUACAUACUGGUGAAAAGCCUUUUGAAUGUGAAAUUUGUUUUAGGCAGUUUGCACGUAGACAUAUUUUAAAGUGUCAUUUGAAAACACAUUCUACUGAAAUUUAUUUAAAAAAAUAAAUAAAUGAAGUAAGAGACAGACGUACUCUUUAUCAUUUAUCGUCUUCCGAUGACCGGUUUCGCUCUUCACAGUAUGCAGAGCAUUUACAGGUCAACGGUUCUUCGUCUUCUUCUUCACGUGCUACUCCUACCGGAAAUUGGAAAUCAUCAUGGCAACUGCGACUUUGUUAGCAGCGCGCCUAAAAAGUUCAAUAGAACUACACCCGAACCAUCACGUAGAUUGCGAAGUAGCGAUAUUUUUCGUCUUCCCACACUUCUUUGCCCUUAAUUUUGCCCUGCAUGAUAUUUCUUAAAAGUUCGCACUUUUCAACCCUCAUAAUGUGCACCAAGUAUUCAACGGUCUACGGUUAAAAGUCACUAACUGCUACAAAUAAAAACCAGACUUAAAACAAUGUCUGGUUCUAAAAGAUGCUAAAAAGAUUCAUAAGAUCAAGCCAAUAUUGAAUAACAUACAUAAAAGGUUAUUAAGACAGCAGACAAAUACAUAUGCACGUACACAUAACGGCAGCAACAAACGCCCUCAUGUCUACAAACACAUGCAAAUGUAUGCAGUCUGUAAUUAUGCAAUGAUAAUGUGUUGUACUUACAUUCCGCUACAAGGGGCUCCUUCUUGAGUAUUCAAUAACAUGAUUUAUUGCUCAAAUUAUGCCAAUAGGAUAUGGUGGAAUAGACGAAAAUGUAAACGUUAACAAGUGUAUGGCAAAGUUCUUGAGGGUGGUCAGAUAAGUGGCGAGAGACAGGCAACAAAUCUAUGUUUGUUAUUUUGUUUGCUAAGUAGAUCAAAAGUAAAUGUCAUAUAUACAAUUUUGAUAUAUGUAACGGUUUUAAAAUUUUUUAUCUAUAUUUAUUAAAAGAUUUCUAUUUAAUUAUGUGUUGGUGAAAGUAAGGCUGACAACGUUUGGAUAAAAAAAAGGUUAAUAUCUAAUAUUGAUGUUAGCUCUGGUUGUGCAAUUGUAAUCCAAUUGUUAAGGUCAAUGCUCCUUGAUGUUCAAAUGUCAGGAGCAGUGGUCGUACAAAGGAAGAAACAGUUGAAAAGGUCAGAAUUGUAACUAAAUAAUUGUAUUAGCAGUCAUAUGAUAAAAAUAAUAAAAUGUGACUUGGUAAACAUUGUAGGUACCUGAAACUGAGAUAUAAAACAGAGGGGAGAGAAAAGAUAGAAAACAAACGGUUGUUUGUUGUGGUUGGAUAGCAGGCGCGGAUCCAAGGGGGGGUCAAUGGGGUCAAUUGCCCCCUCCUUGAGACUUCGCGUGGUGUCGCCUUUUUUUAAGAAAUAUAUAAUUAGGAUUGAAAAUAAAUAGUGAGCUUUGUGUCCUGUUGACAACUGAAUAACGGAAUAAAACAUAAAACAUAAUUUCUUCUCCAAAGUACGUGUUCUCGGUCUUACUGCAUGGUGUCGAGUCUUGGACUGUGAAUAAAAUCGAUCUACUCGCCUAAAUCGCCUUGAGGCUUUCGAAAUGUGGUUCUAUAGAAGAAUUUUAAAAGUAUCUUGGGUGAAGAAGAUUCUAAACUCCACAAUACUAGAACGUCUCAGCAAGACUACUGAGAUUAUAGAAGGCAUCAAGAAGAGAAAAGUGGAGUAUUUUGGACAUGUAAUAAGAAGUUUCAAAUAUAGGCUGCUACAAAAUAUUAUGCAAGUAAAAAUAAAAGGCAAACGCAGUCCAGGACGAAAAAGCACUUCGUGGUUAAUUUAUUGUGGCAGUGAAUAAAAUUAAGAUAGCUAUGAUAGUAACCAACGUUCUGAAAGGACAUGGUACAUGAAGAAAAAUAAAGUAACAGUCCAUACCGAAAAAGAAUCCUGAGUACGCGAGUGGCGAGAAAGUUUUAUUUCAUUGCCCCCUCCUUGCAAGGUUGCUGGAUCCGCCGUUGUUGGAUAGAGAUAAUCUAAAUGUAAUAUUCAGUUGAAAGUUAAUUGAAAGUAAAGUGAGAAUAUGUUUUAUUGAUUUAAGCAGAGAAGAAAUUUUAAUAAACUGUUGAAUCAAAUAAAAGAAAAAGAAAAUAAAUAGGGGUACCUACAUUGUGUUAUGUUAAUAAAAAAUAAAUAAGUAAAUAAAUAAUAAUUCUGUUGUAAAACGAAAACUAACAGACGUCUUAUUAGACGAGCGGCACACCAAAAAAAAACCGUUCUUUCUCGAAAUACUGACCACUAAAUUAUUUAUUAUAAAAACUAAAUAUUAAACAUUGAUUUAUUACAAAAACAGUGCUUUCACAUGACACAUGGCAGUAGUGUUUAGUAUUCUGAAAACAAAUUGGAAUAUUUGAAGUUUUCAGUAAAAGAUGUCAAAAAUUAUAGUUUUUUCAGAAAAAACUAUGAUUUUUAUUUAUAUUGGUAUUUCAGCCCAGAUUACAACAUUACAUACUAUGAACAGAACUUGAAACUUUAAUAUUUUUUAUGUAUAUGGAACUUUUAAGGUAGUUUUAAGUUAUAGUAUUACUGAAUAAAACUUUGAAUUGCC